CGCCUCCAUGGCCACUUGCGUCUGAAGUUCCAGGAGAGGUCCAGUGAACAGUCUGGGUCCAUGGUCUCAGUUCGCAGCUCCAGGAUGUUCCAGCUCCCCCGGGGUCACAUGAAGCCAGCUGGACACCGAAGUUGCAAAACCCGCCUGGUCACCAAAGACGGGCGCUGCAACAUUGAGUUUGGCAACAUUGAGUACAGUAACCACUUUGCGUACCUAGUGGACUUCUGGACCACCUUCGUGGAGAUCCGCUGGCGCUUUGUUCUUCUCCUGUUUGUGGCUUCAUUCACAGGCAGCUGGUUUAUUUUCAGCCUGCUAUGGUACUGGAUCGCAAAGAGCAACGGGGAUCUGACUGGACAGAACCGUACAGACGGACACGUCCAGUGUAUAGACAAUGUUAACGGCCUCACGACGGCGUUCCUCUACUCCUUAGAGACCCAAACCACUAUUGGGUAUGGUGGUAGGGCACUGACUGGGCACUGUGCUGGCACAGUGGCUCUAAUUAUCAUCCAGUCUCUAAUUGGAGUCUUCAUCAACUGUUUCAUGUGUGGCGUCAUCUUGGCCAAGAUCUCCUUACCCAAAAAAAGGGCGAAGACUGUCACCUUCAGCAACACAGCUGUCAUCUGUUUGAAGAAAGGCAGUCUCUGUCUCCUGAUCAGAGUGGCCAACCUUCGAAAGACCUUAUUGAUCGGCAGCCAGAUCUACGGCAAGCUGCUCAGGACAACAAUCACACCAGAUGGAGAGACCAUCAUUCUGGACCAGGUGAACAUUGACUUUAUGGUUGACGCUGGUAAGGAUAACUUGUUUUUUGUUUGCCCUAUGACCCUCUACCACGUGAUUGACCGAUCGAGCCCAUUCUACGAGCUUUCGGCCGACACGCUCCCCCAGCAGGACUUUGAGUUGGUGGUCUUUUUGGACGGGACGGCCGAGUCCACCAGCUCCUCCUGUCAAGUCCGAACCUCCUACAUCCCACAGGAGAUUCAGUGGGGGUACAGUUUUCUGCCCAUCGUCUCCCGCACUAAGACAGGAAAGUAUCGCGUGGAUUUCUCAAACUUUUCCAAAAGCGUCCGGGUCACCACGCCACACUGCAUCCACUGCUUCGAGACCGACACAGACCAGAGAAACCACAACAGCCACAACCAGCAGAAGACUGGGAUCGACAACAUGGGGUUUCAGGUGAUUGACAUUCACGAUUUUGUUGAUAUCACUAAAAUGUGAAUGAGCAGGAGAGGAACUUGUACUCAGACUGAAAGUAAAGUGAAUCAGGAUGUGGGACAUAUGUAUGAAAAAGUUUGAAAAACAUUUGGUAUUUCCUUUUAAGCAAACUUUCACUGUUAGUCAGACUAUCUUUGCACAAAAAUGAAGAAAUAUUGGGUCACACUGCUUCUUCCAGUGAACAUCUGAAUUACUGUCAACUCUUAUGCCUUGAGCAGCGACAACACUCAAAGUUGUUCAACUGUGUGGAUAAAAAUUAAGACAUGGGCAAGAGCUAAGCUGUUCAUUUCAAUCAAAGCGUCUUUGGGACUUGUGACUUUGUCUAGGUAAUGUGUGGAAGCCAGAGGAAGAGGGAUUGAAGUUUUGACGCGUAGAAAAUGAAAGGGGUAAAAUACUGGAUGGCACAGUGGGUACUUCUUGAGGAGAUUAGGGCCUGAGCCUGUUAUAAUGAAAAACUGUGUGCUAUAAAGGCCGGGGGAGGACAAAAAAGUAGGACAGGCCUUUUGAGUUUUCUCAUUAUUCAUCCUAAUUUGCUAACUUUAUGGUGUUUUUUUUUUUUGUCAUGUUGACACAUCUUGUGUGCCUUGAUAAUUAGGAAACUGUGAAUGUAGCUGCUAAAUGCGAUGAUUAUAAUUUUGACCAGUCUACAUUUUGUAGAUCAU